AUGUAGUAAAUUUCUUGUGACAUUUACACUUGCUUUGGGUGCAAAAAACUAUACAACAUUGACAAUAGAAAACCACUGGAACUGCCAUGUGAAGAUAUUAUCUGUUAGCAAUGCUACAAUAGCUAAAGGGACUAAGUUCAAAAUUAACAAAUUUAAUGUCCGUACGAUAAUACUCAUCUCUGUGCCAUUGACCAUCCAGUUACAGAGAAUAAGUUUUUGCUAAGAAACCUUCGACAAUAGAAUUUUUACCUCAUCAAUUGUGAUGAGCAUUUGGAAAAUUAAGCCUAGAUUUAUUGCAAACUCAGGAAUAAGAUUAUAUGCACUAGUUGUAUGCUUGUUAAUCCUCAUUUGAAAUGUCCACAAGAUGGAGAAACUCAUUUUGCUUUUGAUCGAAAACUUUUAGAAAAUUCAUUUGAAAAAGUGCUUCCAUUAUUUUACGAUGAGAUAGAAUCAAUUAAUAAUUUGAUACACAAUGCUAAUGCUUUUGUAUUUAAAGAAAGAGGAUUUAAUGUUAAUGAAAUUGAGAAGAUGAUUAAUAAAAGUUGCUAAAUUCUUUAACUAUCUCCAAUUAAUGAUUAAAUCAAGACAAGCUUAAGAGAAAGAACUGAUGUUUUAAACUUUAUUACUAAUUUUACGCCAAGGAAUAAACAAAGCAUGACUUUCUCUUCAUAGAAAAUAAAUGUCCUCUACAACUAACUUUUCUCACUAUUCUAAUUUCUUUUGAAUAGGAAAGAAAAAGCAGAAAAUGUAAAUUAACUUGACUUAAGAGUCAUUAUUUUAUAAGCAAUAUUAAAUUCAGAUAAUUUGAUGAUUGCUAGUGACAAUGCUUUUCGAUAGAUUAAUCAAAUUAAUAAUGAAGGACAAUAGCAAGUUCUUGUUCAAAGUCAAGAAGAAAUUAGAGCGAUUAGCAUUCAAAAUUAAUUGAUAGAACUAAAAGUCUCAGUAGGGGCAUUGUAAUAAUCGCAAAUAGACAAUCUUGCAAAUUAGUUCAAUUAGCUAUAAGCCAGAUUAGAUUUCAACGAUACACUUUUGGCAAAAUCAAUUAAGCCAGAAAUAGAAAAGAGCUUUAUCUUUAGAAGAUUAGUUGACUCUCAACUUGAUGCAAAGUACUAUCCAAAGCUAUUUAAGAUACCAGGCAAAUGUAAUCUUAUAUAUAAAGGUUCUAGAGAUGGAUUUAAGGUAGCUAAUUUUCAUUCAAAAUGUGAUAAUUAAGGACCAACCAUUUCAUUUAUACAGAGUGAACAUGUAUAAAUUUUCGGAGGCUACACUUCUAUCUCUUGGACAUCUCAUAAUAGUUAUCAUAAAGAUGAUGAAGCAUUUGUGUUUAGCUUGACUAAGAACACUCUACAUAAAUAAUAUCAACGAUUUGAUCAAGCAGUUAGACAUUACAAAGAUUAUUCAAUAGUAUUCGGCGGUGGAUGUGAUAUUUAUAUUUCAAAUGAUUGCAAUAUUAAUCAAAGUAGUAAUAGUAAUUUAGGCCAUACAUAUAUGGCUCCAUAAGGUUUUAAGAAAGAUGAUUAAUUCUGUAAAGACUAUUUAGCUGGAAGUUAUAAUUUUAAAGUAAUAGAAAUAGAAGUAUACUCAGUUACAAUAUGA